CACUAUUUGCCCAGACGGCUUCCGCUCCAUUCAAACAGUGAAGUGCGUCUCUGCUGCGGUGCGUCGCGCGCAGGCUGGAGAGAGAUGACAAGAGCCUCGCGGAACUGGCCAGACAAACAUGGAUCUCCGUAAAACGCUGGUGUCGGUGCUUUGGAUAUUAUUGCUGAACAUAGAAGAAGACUGUCACGCCGAGGAAGUGGUGCUGCUGAAUUCUAAAGAGACUCAGGCGGAGCUCGGCUGGACCUCGUAUCCCCCCAAUGGAUGGGAGGAGAUAAGUGGUGUAGAUGAGAAGUACAAGCCAAUCAGAACGUACCAGGUGUGCAACGUGAUGGAGCCCAUGCAGCAGAAUAACUGGCUGCAGACUGGCUGGGUGGCGCGGCGAGGCGGGCAGCGCAUCUUCGUGGAGCUCCAGUUCACACUGCGCGACUGCAACAGUAUCCCUGGUGUAGCAGGCACCUGCAAGGAGACCUUCAACCUCCUCUACGUGGAGUCCGACAGGGACCUUGGAGGCGUGACCCGAGAGGACCGCUACACCAAGAUAGACACUAUUGCUGCAGAUGAAAGCUUCACACAGGGUGACCUGGGCGAGAGGAAGAUGAAGCUGAACACUGAGGUACGUGAGAUUGGCCACCUCAACCGUAAGGGCUUCCAUCUUGCGUUCCAGGACGUUGGUGCCUGCGUGGCACUUGUGGCCGUGCGAGUGUACUACAAACGCUGCCUAGCUACCGUCCAGAACCUGGCGGUUUUCCCCGACACCGUGGCUGAAGCGGCCUUUGCCACACUUGUGGAAGUGCGAGGCACCUGCGUCAACAACUCUGAGGUUGACACAGACAGCCCUCCUAGGAUGCAUUGCAGCGCUGAAGGGGAGUGGCUUGUGCCCAUUGGGAAGUGCAGCUGCAGCGCCGGCUACGAGGAAGGACACAGCAGCUGUGAAGCAUGUCCCCCUGGUUCCUACAAGAUGUCCUCCAGGCAGCAGGAGUGCUUCCCUUGCCCGGCCAACAGUGUUGCGGAGGAGGAAGGAUCUGUAGUGUGUGUUUGUGAGGAGGACCACUUCAGGACCCCAUUGGACACACCUUCAGCACCAUGCACAAGACCACCCUCCCCACCCAAAGAUUUGGUCUACACCUUGAAGCAGUCCACCCUCAUCUUGGAAUGGGCUGCACCGUCCGACACAGGAGGCAGGGCCGAUCUUACCUACAGUGUGGGCUGCCGUAGGUGUGUCGCCAGGCAGUGCGAGCCUUGCGGGGCAAGCAUUGGUUUUGUACCUCAGCAGAUAGGCUUGACGGAGAGAACGGUGACUGUGGUCAACCUCCUCCCAAACACCAACUACUCAUUCACUGUCGAGGCCUUGAACGGAGUGUCAGAGCUGCUGCCCAACAAAAGGUUCUACACGCAGGUGAACGUGUCAACAAGCCUGCCUGCCCCCUCCCUUAUCAGCGAGCUGCGAGCGGAGAAGAUCGAGCAGAAAAGCAUAACCUUGGUGUGGAGGCAGCCGUCCUACCCGAACAGCAGCCGCACGGAGUAUGAGGUCAAAUACUAUGAGAAGGAACAAAAGGAUCAGAGUUAUUCUACUGUGAAGACUGCCGCCACGCGCAUCAGUGUCAACAACCUCAAACCCGGCACCACAUAUGUCUUCCUCAUCCGGCCUUUCUCCACGCCAGUACCAGCCUCGCCCCUAUCUUCCUCUCCUCUCUCCUCCUCCUCUGCCUCAACCUCGUCCUCUACUUCUUCCUCCUCUUCUUUAUCCUCCUCCUCCUCUUCCUCCUCCUCUCCACCUCCCAUCGACUAUGGAGCGUACAGUGCUCCCCUGGAGCUGCAGACACUUGGCGAGUUGGCCCUGGCAUCCAGCGAGCAGAGUCCUGUGGUGAUCAUCGUCGUUGUUUCUGUGGCCGCCCUCAUCAUGCUGCUCUCCAUGGGGGUUGGACUGCUCAUCUGGAGGAGACAAUGCGGCUACAGCAAAGCUUCUCAAGAGGGAGACGAGGAACUUUACUUCCAGUUCAAGAUCCCAACACGCAGGACCUACAUUGACCCGGAGACCUGCGAGGAUCUGAUGCAGGCUGUGCACGCCUUUGCCAAGGAGCUGGACAACUCCAGCAUCAAGAUAGAGAGAAUUGUGCACACAGGUGACUUCGGGGAGGUGUGUCGUGGCUGCCUGAAGCUUCCCAGCAAGAGAGAGCUGCCGGUGGCCAUAAAGACGUUAAGGGCUGGCUGCUCUGACAAACAGCGGCGCUCGUUCCUCAGCGAGGCAGGCAUCCUGGGGCAGUUUGACCACUCCAACAUCAUUCGGCUGGAGGGAGUCAUCACCACGGGUAACACCAUGAUGAUAAUAGUGGAGAGCAUGACGAAUGGAUCCCUAGACUCCUUCCUUAGGAAACACGAAGGCCAGCUGAGUGUGAUGCAGCUGAUGGAUAUGCUGACCGGGGUGGCAUCUGGUAUGAAGUACCUCACAGAAAUGGGCUUCGUCCACAAACGGCUGGCCGCGCACAAGGUGCUGGUAAACGCCAACCUGAGCUGCAAGGUAUCUGGCUUCAGACCUCUACAGGAGGACAAGAUAGAGGCCAUCUACACCACACUGCACGGAGGGAAGAGUGUGGUGCUGUGGAGCGCUCCAGAGGCCAUCCAGUACCACCGCUUCUCCUCCGCCUCGGAUGUGUGGAGCUUCGGCAUUGUCAUGUGGGAGGUCAUGUCCUAUGGAGAGAGACCCUACUGGGAUAUGGGCAACCAGGAUGUGAUCAAGGCCAUUGAGGACGGUUUCAGGCUGCCAGCUCCAGUAAACUGCCCUCCACAUCUCCAUCAGCUGAUGCUGGACUGCUGGCAGAAGGAGAGGACUGAGAGGCCCACCUUCAGCCAGAUCCACUCAGCUCUUAGCAAGAGCAUCCGCUCUCCGGAUGGCAUCGGUUCUUCCACACUGGCACGCAGAACCCUGAGUUCAUCCAUCACACUCGCAGAGAGGCCCCUCCCCUCCUUCCCUUCGUUUAACUCAGUGGGAGAGUGGCUGGACGCGGUGGACAUGGGCCGUUACAAGGACAACUUCACAGCAGCAGGAUACUGCUACUUGGAGUCUGUGGCGCGGAUGACUGUACAAGACGUACUGAGCCUCGGCAUCACUUCCCUCGAGCACCAGAAGCUGAUACUGGCCGCCAUCCAGACACUCAGAGCCCAGGUCAUCCAGAUGCACGGCCGAGGUGUGCAGGUCUAACAGAGAAGCCCACACACCAUGUCUCACAGUAAUGCUGCUGCAGACCAAGGCGUUUGCAGACGGAUGACGGGGCGGAGAAAGGAGAGAGAAAGAGAGCUCUUCCAACCUAAGGCAAAGACGAGCAGAUCUAUCUACUCCUCCUUCCCAUGCAUCCUCAUGCCUUCCUUGAUUCCUUCCUUUCCUUUUUCUACGUAACCCCAUCCGAGACAAGCAGAGUCCCUGUCUUGAUUUUUGGGGACGGCAGAGGAGUGAUGUCACAUGACUUUUUGUAGUGGCUUCUUUCUGCUGACUAUCUUGACUUUCAAUACCUGUGUCAGCUUCAUGUCACUGGUCCUGGAUCAGUGUGGAAAGACUACGAAAAGAUGUAAGCUGAUGCAAGAGAGGCGUGGACGUAUAGUGCUGCAAACACACCAGUUAUGGACUGAAGAACAAUUCCAUUUUGGGUGGAAUUUCCCUUUAUUCACUGAAAACAAUGUCUAAUCAAAGCCGGGAACUUUUGCUGGCUCUAGAUCAAAUUACUCCUGCUACUCAGAACUGGGAGAUUUCACACCAGACAGAACUGAUGUGGGACAUGAAAUCAUAUCAUUGUACAACAGAGCUGAUCUCAAGUCAGACGGUUAACGAACUUUUAAUGGCUGGAUUGUUACAGAGCAGAAAAUGAAGGCGACUGUGCUGCCCCAUGUCAACCAAGGAGUGUUAUGAAGUGUCAGUGAACAUGGUAACAAAAGUCUUGUCUUAUAUUUAGUUUAAAAAGUGUACUGGUAGGAUGAGCAGAGCUGGGUGAGUUAGUCAGGAACACCAGCCUGCUGUUUUCUUUUCUUUGGAGUUAAAUGAAAGCUGAAGGAAUCAACUAUAAGAGAGUGAAAUGUGUCUUUGUUCAUUGAUUUGCUGUUUGUUGUCGUCUGUUUCACCAUUCUUUGUUAUAUUAUCUUUAUUUCACAUAUAUCUGUCUUUUCUUCUGUGUUUUUUUCCCUUUUGGCCCGCUGGAUGUCAUCUCAGUACCAUGACCCUCCUUCUUUACCACAUUUAAUACCCUCUGCAGAGCAAGGUUCGACUCUGGAAUAUGGCCCAAUUCAGAUAUUUAUCCAUAUUUAUUUGUGUUUACAGACGUUAAUGCACACCUUUCCAGAGAAGAGUUGAGGAAGGUUUAUUUAUUUAUUCAGCUAGUAUUUGAAAAAAAAAAUAAGGAAAGCGGUUGAAUCCUCUGGUUUUGUUUGCUUUUUGAUGAUUGAUUAAAUUUGAACACGGAGAAGUGAGCGCAAGGAACACUGGAGGUUUUUUUACUGUCGGCACACAGUAUCUGUGUAUUCUUAAACACUGGGUUUUGGUGCAGUUAUCAUUAGAUUGGCUGUAUACAUCACAGUGUAUGUGUUGCAGAAUGGAUACAGAAUGUCUCAUGGACUUUUUUCAUUAAUUCGUAUGUUUAACUUUUUGUUAAUAUCAUGCUCUAACAUACUACGUAAUCGCAAUUCCCCCCCCCCCCCCAGAAUUCUCUCCUGUACAGUGAUCCCCUCUCUCUUUUGGGGAAGAGGUUUAUCUGGGCAUUAUUUGAUCAUUACACACUUGAACAGUACACACAGUUUUGACUGGAACAUUGUAACUGGUUUGUAUUUGGUGCAGAAGAGUCUUUUGUUCUCCUGUUUUGUCAUAUAAAAUAAACUCAUGUGUCUUUAUCAGUGUUUUCACGCACAUUUAAACAUAUCUGAAGAAACACACUGCUGGUCCCUUUGACGCACACACAUUAAAAGACAAAGACACACAUGCAGUCGCGAAACACACGACAAACUGGACCUCGUCACUACGAUGAAUGGAAGUUGUUUCCCCUCUCUGUUACUGUGACCGUUACGAUAUAUGUUUAAUACUGUAAAUAUGUAUUUGAAAAUGCCAAAUCUAUUUUUAUAAUUUGUUUGAAGAACAAUGUGUUGAAUAUAAUAUCUGCUCACUGUGUAAGUUUUUUUUUUCUUUCUUUGAAUUUAGGGCCAUAGCCAAGAAAGUCUGUUGUUUGGAAUAUAAAACUGAAAAAAAAAAGUUUCUCUUUCGUUAGUUUUUUGAUGAUUUUUACCUGUUAGAAGAAAAUCUGAUGGCUGUUGCAAUAUUGAAACGUGUUAUUAAAAAAGCUCCAAUACAAA